AUGGACGGAAAGACUUUUCCUUAUUCAAUUAAGGAUGGUUUAGUCGUUCAAGUUGCCAGAUCAGAUCCAUACCGUGUCAGACAACAAUAUCAAGGUGGUAGUAGAGGUUACGGUUACCGUGAUGGUGGCAGAGGUUAUGGAUACCGUGAUGGUGGUUAUAGAGAUGGUGGCAGAGGAGGUAGAUAUGGUGGCUACAGAGAUGGCGGUUACAGAGAUGGUGGCUACAGAGACGGUGGUUAUAGAGACGGCGGUAGAAGAGGCGGUUAUGGUGGCUACGGUGGUUACAGAGAUGACAGAAGAGGUGGCUACAGAGAUGAUAGAAGAGGUGGUUACAGAGAUGACAGAAGAAGAGAUGGUGGUGGUGGUGGAUACGGCGAUUACAGACGUGAUGAUGGCAGAAGAGGCUAUGACCGUGAAGAAGGUAGAAGAGGUUAUGAAGAUGAAGGUAGAAGAGGAUUCGAAGAUGAAGGUAGAAGAAACCACGAAGAAGAAGCAGGUAGACGCGAAGAAAGAAGAUACAGUAGAUCUCCUUCAAGAUCACCUCCAAGAAGAGAAAGAUCCAGAUCUCCAGAACACUUUUAA